CAGGCCCCACCCCCAUCUCGUGCCCUCCCGGCCCCUCCCCUUCUGGCGGCGGCGCGCUGGCGCAUGCGCUUUGCUCGACUGCGAGAUGGCGGCGGCUGCCUUGGGCUGGGCGGUGCGGGCGGCGCGGCAGAUAUUCCCCUUGCCAUGCACAGGGCAGGUGCGUGGUUACUACGUGAACUGGAGGAUGCUACGUGACGCAAAAAGAAGGAAGCUGGCUUACGAGUACGCAGAAGAGAGGCUGCGGAUCAACGCCCUGCGGAAGAACACCAUCUUGCCCAAAGAACUUCAGGAAAUAGCUGACAAAGAGAUUGCCGCCCUGCCCCGGGACAGCUGCCCUGUGAGAAUCCGGAAUAGGUGUGUCCUGACAUCUCGUCCUCGAGGUGUGAAACGGCGCUGGCGGUGUAAUGGAGAAGCAUACACAGUUCCCCUCUUUCAGUGUCCUGGUAUAAAAGAAUACACCAUUUUGAAGGGAGCUACAUUAGUGAAAUUUUCUCUAGGACUCCUACCAAUGCACAGUUACCACAACCCCCCCCCCCGACCUUGCUUCUCAUGCAUUUCCUGGACCAUCAUGGCUACAACACCCCAUCCCUUACACCAGAAGCAGCUGAGCAGCCCCUUAUUGAUGCCAGCCUGAGGUCAAUCAACAUAGGGCUCUGUGGCCUGAAUGGAGAAGUCAGCAAUGUAUUAGGCUACUAUAGCCUCACCUUUAGGGUCAUGGUCACAGCAAUCUAAACAUUUAUUGUUUGGUACUGUACAUUCUCUACAAGACCUAAAAGGUAGAGGGUAGUUACAUUUUAUUUUGCUAGGCCCUGAAUUGGUUUGGCAUCUUGCUCUUCAUGUGGUGGCUAAUUGUGCCUCAGCCUCCUGGAUUUGGGAGGCGAGAGAAGGGAACAACAGUUACAUUGCUGGAUACUGAUAAGAUCAAAGACUGCUGGCCAGAGGCAGCCGCUAGUUAAGUCUUUUGUACACAAAUUCUCCUAAGCACACACAAUCAGUCUCUGGACUAGCAACAGGUACUACCAUAUGGUGUUGACAGACAUGCAGCUCCUUGGUCUAAUUCAUGGCACUUUCUGUAAAGUGCCAUGAGUUAGACCAACCCUCUUGACCCAACAGACAUUUGUCAUUUGCUGCAUUGGAGGUGGGGAGGGGAGUUCCAAUCCAUCUGCCCCCACUACAGUGCAGGCUAGGUAAACCCCAACCCGAGCUCCCAACCCGAGCUCCCUCCCCUCCCAUUGUGCAAACAGCAUAGGAGGCAGAACUGGCUAGCAGCCCAGCCACCCAAUCAGACAGAAGUUAAUGAAGGUGCUCCACUUUAGAGUUCCUACAUCUGAACACUUACAUGAGGGUUCAUUUGUCCUGUGAUCAGGAACUUUUAAAGUGCUCUGCAGCUGUGCACUUCUGGAAGAGCAUGGCUGUAGAGCACUUUCAGAGGGCUGAUCGCAUGACAAAUGUAACUUCUGUCUAUGCCCAUAAAGAAGUGUGUGCUAAUCAGGCUUUCUUCAGAGCUCUUACCCUUGCACUUCAGCCUGAAACAGUGUUAAUACCAACAGAUCAGAUCUGUUUUUCAGUUCACCUAGCAGAUGUUUUGUUGCAAGAUAGCAGUUCCUCUUCUACCAUUAAAUUUUC